CACAAUCUGCAAGUCGGGUUAAUUCAAUGAUACAACACACAUCAUCAACAGUUACUCAAUGACAAUGAACUCAUAUUUUCAGUGCUCGCUCAGACGAUAAUGUUCGCCGGCCCAGUGGCGAUCUUGUAAACCGCACCAACUCAUGAGCCACAGCGCCUUCACUCCCCGUCAAUGCCUUGGUCUUGACGAUUGUCAACACCGCCUUACUUUCAAGCGAGCAAUCUUGACUUGACUUUAUCGACUCUCCUGGCCAUGCCCGGCUUUCACAAGAUGCCUCGUCUCGAUGCUUCUCCUUCCUUUGCGAUGAAUCCAGUUAUUGAACGGACCCAAUCGCAAUGGCUGUUCACUCCCGACGAACUUCUCCUCUCCCCCAGUAUAGUCGAAGGGAUGCCGGUGGCGCAAGAGUUGGCAAACCGUCAAAAGGGUGUCAAUUUCAUUACCCAGGUUGGCAUCAUGUUGAAGUUACCUCAGUUGACUCUUGCAACGGCUUCUGUUUACCUCCACCGAUUCUUUAUGCGGCAUGCGAUGGUUCAGAACAAUAAACCAGGCCUUCAUCAUUAUUCGGUCGCAGCCACCGCUCUGUUCCUGGCUACGAAGGUGGAAGAGAACUAUCGAAAAAUGAGAGAGCUUGUGGUGGCAUGUUGUCGUGUUGCACAAAAAAAACCUGACUUGGUCGUGGACGAACAAAGCAAGGAAUAUUGGAAAUGGCGAGAUACCAUCCUGCACAACGAAGACCUGCUUCUCGAGGCUCUCUGUUUUGAUCUGCAACUCGAGUUACCAUAUCGCAUAUUGCUUGAUUUCUUGCGCUUCUACGAUGUUCAGGAGAAUAAGCAUCUGCGUAACACUUCUUGGGCAUUUCUCAACGAUUCUCUCGUCACCACCAUGUGCUUACAACUGAGCCCCAGCUCGAUUGCUGGCAGCGCUUUAUACAUGGGAGUCAAAUUUGCCGGCAUCGCCUUACCAGAUGACGAAAGAGGUCGGCCGUGGUGGGAACAAUUAGGUCUGGAGGUGUCGGAUAUUCAGCGAGGUUGCAACAUCAUGGCCGACGUCUACGAGAAUGCUGCACUCCCCCGACAAGGCCAGAAGGAUGCCUAUACUAAGGAUGAAGAUAUGGCCAUGUUUGAUCGGACACGCCAGCCUGCUACACCUCAGCCUGACAGAUCACCUGCAGGAAGUGCUAGGAGUGGGAGCCAAGGUGUCAAGCGUGAUAGGGAUGCUCUUGACGAGCAAGAAUGGGGGUCGACUAUAGUUCGUGCUCCUGUGACCGACGAUGUGCAUCCAUCACCAAAGAGGGCACGUCGAGAUUCUUCAGAGGCCGACAACUCAAAUCUGCCGGAUCGAGAACGCCCUCUGUCACGAAUACCAUCAGCAACAACUUCAGCGGCGAUGCCUAUUGACCCGGGGCAGAACGAUGACGAUGUCCAAAAACGCAUUGAUGAGAUCGUAGGCAACUCAUCAUCGCAACGUCAACCAGCUCUCCCGCGAAGACCCUCUAACCAAGCAUCAUACGCCGGAGAAGGUCCGCGACGGCACUCUUCAUCAGGAUCCAACUGGAGUGGUCCUCCUCCAUCAUACGCCAAUGGUCAUGUUGACCGGCUUCCUUCGCAAAGCCGUCCGGACAGUCGAGAACACGGGGUGUACAAUCAGAGCGACCAAUUUGAGCUUCCAAGAUCAUCCAGUCGCAUACCGCCUCUCCCGGGUGAUGGUAGACGCGGUCUCCCCUCAACGAAUCAAAAUGGUCUUGAGGAUCUAGACGAUAAAGUUGAUUAUGGAAGCGAAGAAGGCGAGGUUUAGAAAACCUGUACCGAAGGGAACAACCAGAGUGAUGACGACGGAUCUUGGUCGAGCGCAAUGCAUAUGACGCCGUCAAGUGCCAAUUAAUCGUCGCUGGUAUCUGCACGAUUCGACGAAAGAGAUGAGUGACCUCCUCGGUCUUGUUUUGGUAUAUAGCGAAUGAUUUACCGUACCAUCAUUAUUUGCUUAAUCCAUUCGCAGGAUGGAG